CCAUGGGCAACUGCGCGGGACGCACCGACUUCGAGUGGGUCUACACGGACCAGCCGCACACGCAGCGGCGCAAGGAGAUGCUGGCCAAGUACCCGGCCAUAAAGAACCUGAUGCGGCCAGACCCGAACCUCAAGUGGACGGUGAUGGCGAUGGUGCUGGCACAGCUGGUGGCCUGCUACCUGGCGCGCGGGCUGACCUGGCGCUGGCUGCUCUUCUGGGCCUACACCUUCGGCGGCUGCGUGAACCACUCGCUGACGCUGGCCAUCCACGACAUCUCGCACAACACCGCCUUCGGCACGGGCCGCGCCGCCUACAACCGCUGGUUCGCUGUUUUUGCCAACCUGCCCGUGGGCGUGCCCUACGCUGCCUCCUUCAAGAAGUACCACGUGGACCACCACCGCUACCUGGGCGGCGACGGGCUGGACGUGGAUGUGCCCACGCGCUUAGAGGGCUGGCUCUUCUGCACGCCGGCCCGCAAGCUGCUCUGGCUGGCGCUGCAGCCCUUCUUCUACUCGCUGAGGCCGCUCUGUGUGCACCCCAAGGCUGUGACCCGCAUGGAGGUGUUCAACGCCCUGGUGCAGCUGGCCGUCGACGCCGCCAUCUUUGCCCUCUGGGGGCUCAAGCCCGUGGCCUACCUGCUGGCCAGCUCCUUGCUGGGCCUGGGCCUGCAUCCCAUCUCGGGCCACUUCGUGGCCGAGCACUACAUGUUCCUCAAGGGCCACGAGACCUAUUCUUACUACGGGCCCCUCAAUUGGAUCACCUUCAACGUGGGCUACCACGUGGAGCACCAUGACUUCCCCAGCAUCCCCGGCUGCAACCUACCCCUGGUGCGGAAGAUAGCCCCCGAGUACUACGACCACCUGCCGCAGCACCACUCAUGGGUGAAGGUUCUCUGGGACUUCGUGUUUGAGGACUCUCUGGGGCCCUACGCCAGGGUGAAGCGGGUAUGCAAGCUGGCGGAGGACAGCCUGUGA